AUGACCAAACGCACGAAGAAGGUUGGCAUCACCGGAAAGUACGGCACGCGUUACGGUGCCUCCCUGCGAAAGCAGGUAAAACGUAUGGAGAUCUCGCAACACGCGCGCUACACAUGCACCUUCUGUGGAAAGGACUCUGUAAAACGGACAGCAGUGGGCAUUUGGAAUUGCUCCUCGUGCAAAAAGGUCAUCGCGGGCGGUGCAUGGACUGUCGCCACGACAUCAGCUGCCACUGUUCGGAGUACUGUUCGGCGACUGCGCGACCUGACGGAAGCAUAG